CAAAGCUGUAAAAUCAGUACUCACUUUAAAACACUUUGGAUAGCCAGCCAAAGCCGACCCCUUUCGUCUUCCCCAAUACCCAUUUCUUUUUUCAUAUUUAAAAGGGUUAUAGUUUAAAACCUUUAUUUUCAAGUUUAAUGGUGGUUGCCAUGAUCAGCUCAAAACCAUCCUUUUUUUUUUGAUUAAUCUCUAGCUUUACUCAUUUCAUGGGUUACCUCUCUUGCAAUGCAGAGUCCACCAUUAAAGUUUGUGAUCCUGGCAACUGGGAUUAUUAUAGAAAAAAACCCAAGAAAAACAAGCCCAGAAUCCGGCAGUUUCGUUACACCGAUCUUCUUACCGCCACCAAUGGCUUCUCUUCCGAUAGCUUCCUCGGUAAAGGUAGUCACGGUUCCGUCUACAAAGCCGUACUUGACGAUGGCAAGUUAAUCACCGCCGUUAAGAAAACGUCAAAGAACUGUAACAGUCCCGCCGACAACGAGAUCGAGAUUCUUUCCCGAGUUGAUCAUCCUCGACUCGUUAAUCUCAUCGGUUACUGCUCCGAUUCACUUUGUAAGAAUAAAUUAAUCGUCGUGGAAUAUAUGCCCAACGGUUCAUUGUACGAUCUUUUACAUUCUUCUUCUUGUAAACCGCCGGGUUGGUCCAGCCGGGUUCGAUUCGCUUUACAGGUAGCAAAAGCGGUUCAAGCUUUACAUUCGGGUAGCCCGCCGGUGAUCCACAGGGAUAUAAAAUCGUCCAAUGUUUUAAUUGAUCAAAGGUGGAACGCUCGAUUGGGUGAUUUCGGGCUUGCAUUGAUAGGACACGUGGAGGAUGUACGGAUUAAGUGCACCCCACCGGCGGGGACGUUAGGAUAUCUCGACCCGAGUUAUUUAUCCCCGAGUGACGUCAGCACGAAAAGUGACGUGUUCAGUUACGGCAUUUUGUUAUUGGAGAUUAUUAGCGGGAGGCAUGCUAUUGAUUUGAAGUAUAGUCCGCCGUCAGUUGUUGACUGGGCGGUUCCGUUGAUAAAAGGAGGAGAUUUCGCCGCCAUUUGCGACGGUCGUGUUGGGCCACCGGUGGAUGAGGAAGUGAUCCGGAGUUUGGCGGUGUUGGCGGCUAGGUGCGUUAGGUCCGCGGCGGAGAAACGUCCCGGGAUGGAAGAAGUGGUGGAAUGUCUGACAGUGGUGAGCAAAAGAGUUCACGCUGGACCCGUUUGGAGCAAUCUAAGGCGGUGCGUGAGGUGCGUGCAUAAACCGAUGGCGAUAAACCACCCGGUUUUUGAAGGGAGCGAGGAGGCGGCAAGGAGCUCGAGAUGUGGAAGCAGGAGAAACAGCCGAAAAGUGACGAGCGUGGCGGAUCGCUGCGGCGAAGCGAAUGUGAUCGGAGAAGGUGUGGUGAGAUCGAAAUCGAUCGGUUCGUUCACGGAGGCGGUGGCUUCAUCGAUGAUGAAGAUAGGCCCCACAGAGAUUGAUAUGGACGGCGAGCACGUGGCGUUGGUAAGAAAAAAGCCAGCGAAAACGCCGACGGUGAAGCUGAGCAAGUCGAGGUCAAUGGGAGUGCUGCAAAGUCCAAGACUAAUGAAUCUAAACGGCAAACAAUACGUAUUCGAGAUCGGAAAAAGAAGGAAUUCAAGUGAAUUCGAUAUAUCGAAGCUGGUUAUCAAUUUCGAUGAUGACAAAUCCCAAAGAAAAAUAUUGGAAAAGCCCUUGGUUUUUGUUUAAAAAGAUUUGAUUUUUUUAAAAAUGUUUUUAAUGUGUUUAUUUGUAUCUCAAAUUAUUUGUGAAUUUAAAGUUUAAAACUUUUAUUAUUAUUA